AUGGCGGGAAAAGACGAGGACCAAAGGGCCAUUGUCUUCUUCCACCCAGACCUCGGCAUUGGCGGUGCUGAGCGCCUUGUUGUUGACGCUGCCGUCGGCCUGCAGAACCGCGGCCACAAGGUCGUCAUCUUCACCAGCCACUGCGACCGGAGCCACUGCUUCGAGGAGGCUCGCGAUGGAACCCUCGACGUCCGCGUCCGCGGCAACUGGCUUGUACCUCCCUCCAUCUUCGGCCGCCUGACCAUUCUCUGCGCCAUCCUGCGCCAGCUCCACCUCAUCCUCGAGAUCUACGCUACGCGCGAGCUCCAGGCCCUCGACCCCGAGUCCUUCUUCGUCGACCAACUCAGCGCGGGCCUGCCGCUGCUGCAGUACCUCUACUUCAAGGCGCCCAUCUUCUUCUAUUGCCACUUUCCCGACAUGUACCUCGCCCUCGGCCGCGAAAAGUGGUGGAAGCGCCUCUACCGCCUGCCCUUUGACUGGAUCGAGGAGUGGAGCAUGGGCUUCGCCGACGAGAUCGCCGUCAACUCGGGCUUCACAAAGGACGUUGCCACCAAGGCCUGGCCCAAGCUGGCCAAGCGCAAGAACUUCAAGGUUGUCUACCCCUGCGUCAACGUCGCGCCCAACAAGGGCGACAUCUCCAAGAUGAUUGGCGAGGGCAAGGGCGAUCAGGACGAAGCCAUCUGGACGGACAAGAACAUCAUCCUCAGCAUCAACCGCUUCGAGAGGAAGAAGGACGUCGCGCUCGCCGUCAAGGCGUUCGCCUCGCUUCCCGCGGGCAAGAGGAAGGGCGUGCGCCUCGUCAUCGCGGGCGGCUACGACCUCCGCAGCGCCGAGAACUACCAGUACCACAAGGAGCUGGAGCAGCUGGCGGCGUCGUACGGCCUCGAGACCUUCACCGCCAAGAACAUCAUCACCGCGCUGUCGGCCCCGGCCCACAUCCCCGUCCUGUUCCUGCUCUCCAUUCCCUCGAGCCUCAAGGACUCGCUCCUCCGGUCGGCCAGGCUCCUGGUCUACACGCCCUCCAACGAACACUUCGGCAUCGUGCCCCUCGAGGCCAUGCUGGCCGGCGUCCCCGUGCUGGCGGCGAACACGGGCGGGCCGACCGAGACAGUCGUCGACGACGUCACGGGCUGGCUGCGCGAGCCGGACCAGGUCGAGCAGUGGACGGCCGUCAUGGACAAGGUGCUCAACAAGAUGAGCCGGGCCGAGUUAGAGAAGAUGGGCAAGGUCGGCGAGCAGCGUGUGCGCACGGGCUUCGGGCAGGAGAAGAUGGCGGAGCGGAUCGAGAAGAUACAGGACAGCAUGGUGGACAGGCAAAGGAUGCCGCCUUUGAUCAACGCUGUGCUCAACUUCAUAGGCGUCGGCCUCAUCUUUGCCCUUGGUCUGGUCACGUCGCAGCUAUUUGCCAAUGCGCGGACGAAAAAGGUCGCCCAGUAA